AAAUCCGGCGGGAAGGACUGGCCUCACGGGCAGAGGAUUGUUGGGGCGCUGGGGACCAAACCAUGCUGCUGAUCCUGUUGUAACUAGGUGGAAGAGGGAUAGAAGUGGAAACAAAAUUGCUCAUCCAGUUACUGGCAAAAACAUCUUGCAGUUCGUGGCGAUCAAGAGGAGAGACUGUGGGGAGUGGGCCAUUCCAGGGGGGAUGGUAGACCCAGGGGAGAAGAUCAGUGCUACCCUGAAGAGAGAAUUUGGGGAGGAGGCCUUGAACUCCUUGCAGAAAUCACCUGAGGAAAAAGCAGAGUUGGAGAAACAACUCCACAUGCUGUUCAGCCAGGAACACUUUGUGGUGUACAGAGGAUAUGUGGAUGACCCUCGUAACACCGAUAAUGCCUGGAUGGAGACAGAGGCUGUGAACUAUCAUGAUGAAACUG